AAUAUUAGAGCUGUCGAUUGAGUUUUAAUUCAGUUAGUAUCAAUAUUAUUAUUAGUGAAGGAGGACGUAAGUUUAAGUGUGCUGAAGCGUAUUAUAUCAAUAAAUAAAUAAACACUAAAAAACUCUGAAUGUAAAGUGCACCAUACAUUAGUGAGGCUUUUCAUCUUAUAAGAUAUUGUGAUGGGUGUGGUCCUACAUCAAAUUGAAAAUAGGUAAAUUUAUCAUUGAGAUCCUUAUACUAAUAGUUAAAUUGUAUUUUUCUCUUUUUAUAUAAAAAAAUUGGUAAAUUAGUCAUUGUACGUUAAAUCAAAGAGCAAACUGGUCAUUUCUGUUAAAAAUUUCAUCUAUUUUUAACUGUUAAAAACUAGCAUGAUUGAAUAAAUAAUUAGACAUUUACACGUGGCAUGCUAAGUGUACCUCAUGUUAACGUAUAGGGAUCGAUUUUUAAUAAUAGAAAUGGUUAGAAUUUUUAAUAGAAAGACCUAUUUACUUUUUUAUCUAACGCACAGGGACUAAUUUGUCAAUUUUUCAGUAAAGAUGAUAAAAUGCAAUCUAACUCUUAUUAUAAAGACCUCCAUGGUACAUUCAUUGUUGAAAACAUUAGUCUUAGGAAUUAAAGUAAGACUGUCAUAUGCAAAUGCAAUAUGUAGUUUUUCUAUUAGGUUACUUUGGGUCUAAAUCGCAUCAUAUGUGAGUUAUGUCCGGCUUUAUUCUGGUCUAGAUUUAAACAUAUAUUUCAAUUCUUAAUUAGCUAUAUUUUGUAUUCAGUUGAUUCUGAUUAUUAUUAACCGAACAUAUACUUUUUGUGAUUUCUAUUAUAUUUAUCACGGUGGACGUACUUGAGAGGUCUCUUUAUUAUAGAGAUCUAAUCAAAUUAGUCCCUCUAUUAUUAAAUGAAUCGAUUUAGUCAUCGUGCUAUUAAAAAAAGUACAUAAGACCAAAUUGAAAUAGAAUUAAUAUUUACUAUUUUAAAAAUAUAAUUUACUAUUUAAUAGAGUUAAUAGUUUUAAAGUUUUUUUAUGAUUUUGUGAAUAAAAAUUUUUAUUUGGAAUUGAUCUGCAAAUUAAAAAGUGCUUACAAUUUAAUUUUUUUUUGUUCUUUUUAUUAGUAUAAGGACUAAAUUGAUUUGUUUAAUAAUAGAAGUACUACUUCAAUCCAGCCCCAGGGACUUCCCAGAUACUUUAUGAUUGUACUUAAAAAACCGUAAACAAGCUAAAAAUUUGGGCAAUGUUGAUUGAAAUGGUAAUUGUUGUCAUAAAAUUGAGGGAGUUAAAUGCAAUUUUCGUAAAAUGUAGUGAAAAUAAUUCUAAUAGCUACCAUAGCAUAUAAUAACUGAUACCAGAACCAGCUUCCAACAACAACCGGUCUAAGCAAAAGACUGAUUGGUGAACUUUCAAUCACACUCUUCUCCAUGGAAUCUCCUUCCCCCAAAUUUCAAGAAUGGAUGAGCCAAAUUGGGGUCAACCCUCCACCUCCGCUGCUUCGUCUUCGUCUUACAGGGAGAAUUCAGGCGCGGCGGCGGCGGCGUCUUCUUCGGGUUCUUCUUCACAGGUUCGAGAGGAAGAGGAGGACCGAGAUCAGGACUACCCGCCACAGCAUCAUUUCCAAUUUCAUAGUCCCGAGCUUGAGAAUCACCACAUUGGUGGCUUUCUUUCUUAUAGAGAUAACUCACCUGCUUUUAAUGAUAAUUCAUCAUCGGUGAUUAGAGAUGACACGUGGUCUUGCAUCAUCGUGGUUUUCACUUUUUGGUUUUUCGUUUCGAUGACUUUGAUUCUGGGAGUUUACGGGCCAAUGAAUCUACAACUUGGUCCAAAUUGUUCUCUUCUUAUUCAACCAAAUCCUCUUUUUGUUCAGAGUGUAACGGUGGAGGAGAAAGAUGGUACUAAGCCAGGACUCAACCUCUAUGGAUUAUAUAAAUCUCCACCUCUUGAUGAAGUUACUACCUGGUCUGAAACUUACACCCCCACUAUUCAAGCUGAUUCUCACAUGGAGUGGAUUCGUUAUCUGAACAGGGGAUCUCAAGUUAAUAUUUCAUAUAAUGUGAACUCAGUUAGCUCCUCUGUUUUUCUUAUAAUUGCUGAAGGGAGUGAAGGCCUUGCUCGAUGGCUUGAGGAUCCAACAUACCCUAACACCACUUUAUCUUGGAACAUUGUUCAUGGGAGUGGUAUGAUUCAGCAGGAUAUAUAUAGAUCUUCAAGUUAUUAUAUUGCACUUGGUAAUAUGAACACAGAGGACAUAAAGGUGCAAUUAAACUUCACAUUCAAGGCUUAUAUUUACAAUACAACUGAAGCUUACUACAGGUGUACCUUCGCUAAUGGAGUGUGUAGCUUGAAUAUCUUGUUUCCUGAGGGAAAUUCUGUAGUCUUGACAUCUCCUGGUCCAGAACAGCGUAGAUCUGCACACGACUGGUCUUUUAGAUUGUCGUAUGGACCAAGAUGGAUUACAUAUAUUGUUGGCAUUGGUGGAAUGACUGGAAUCAUGUUGGUUGCCUUUAACUUCUUAAACAAGUUCCAAUAUACUCCUGAAGAUGAAGUACGUCUUCAUAAUGGGGAGCUUGCCUCUGCAAGAGCCCCUCUGCUUUCACGCAAAGCCGAUGAUUUAUCAAGUCGAGGAUCAUCUUAUGAUUCCGUUUCAAGUGAUGAGGCAGAUCUUGAAGAUUUUCUAGCAGGUUCUCUUGAAGGCACAUCAAAAGGAGAUGGUGAAAACAGUAACAAUACCCGGAGACUUUGUGCAAUUUGCUUCGAUGCUCCAAGGGACUGCUUCUUCCUUCCAUGUGGGCACUGUGUGGCUUGCUUUGCAUGUGGAACAAGAAUAGCAGAGGCUGAUGGAACUUGCCCCAUUUGCCGUCGGAGUAUGAAAAAAGUGAGGAAGAUUUUCACGGUAUAAUCAUGGGGAACUGCAGUUUAUGCUGAUGGAUCCCUUAAUUGAGUGAAUGAUACACUGUCUGACUGGGUUAUCUUUAUCAACACAGUUUUCAAGGUGAGACUCUUAUCUAUCAUCGUUCUAAACGAUGUUACUCCAACCCGUCAUUGUUCUUGAAGCAUUGUAUCCAUCGAACCAAUGAGCCAUGCAUUUUGUUUUCCCAUAGUGGCUCUUGUAUCCUUCAUAAAAGUAGAUUUUAUUUGGAUUCAACAAUUCAGUCAUCACUUUACAAACAAACCAACUAAAAAGUAAUUAUUAUCUUCAUGAUUUUUAGUUUAUCUUUUGAAAA